AUGGGAUUAGUAAGUGCUUCACUGAUCACAUUGGUACUCGUUUGGAUCAUUCACUUCGUCAUUAAAAAACUCAGAACUAUACUGAAGCAAAUUAAUGCGGUACAGGGACCACCAACUUGGCCACUUAUAGGCAAUCUACACCAGUUUCAUUUCAAACCAGAUGAAUUCUUCGAACAAGCUCAGGGUAUAGCAUAUAUGUUACAAGCACGCGGUGAGCGCAUGUGUCGUAUUUGGUUCGGUCCCUGUCCAUGGAUUUUACUGUACGGAGCAGACGAGUGCGAAGCUAUUCUUGGAAGUAAUAAAAUCUUAGACAAACCAUUUCAAUAUGGCUUUUUAAGUGGAUGGAUUGGACAAGGGCUGCUGAUCAGCGAGCCAAAAAAGUGGCGAUCGCGACGAAAACUUCUUACACCGACAUUUCACUAUGACAUAUUGAAAGAUUUUGUUGGUGUGUAUAAUAAGCACGGACAAACACUGCUACAAAAAUUCCACGCUUUGUGUGGUAAUCAGUACAACGAUAUAUUUCAUAUGAUAUCGCUGUGUACAUUGGAUAUUAUCUGCGAAGCUGCUCUCGGUACACAUGUCGAUGCCCAGAACAAAUCGUCUCCAUACUUGGAUGCUGUUUGCAAGAUAAAAUAUAUUAUUCACCAGCGAACACUGAAGGCACAUUUUUACUUCGACACCAUUUAUAAUAUAUUUGGCAGCGGGAAAGAUGAGAGCAAAUGCACUGAAAUACUUCACGAAUUCACUGGCGCGGCAAUAGCAAAUCGUAAGAGAUUAGUCGAUGAAGCUGGUGGUGUCAGUAGCCUAAUGGAGAAAGAAACAGUAUCAGGCAAACGACGUAUGGCGUUUCUGGAUUUCAUGCUCGAUUUAAAUGCUAAGGGUGAAUUACCUAUGGAAGGUGUACAGGAAGAAGUGGACACAUUCACUUUCGAAGCACACGAUUCAACUUCAACAAGCAUGAACUGGUUUUUGCACUUGAUGGGUACCAAUCCAGAAAUUCAAGCGAAAGUUCAAAAGGAAGUCGACGAAGUUUUAGGGGAAGAAAAUAGAUCUGUGACGUAUGAGGACCUCGGACAACUAAGAUUCUUGGAGGCCUGCAUCAAAGAAACAUUGCGACUAUUUCCUAGUGUACCUAUGCAGGCACGAUUAUUGACUGAAGAUACAAAAAUCGGAAAUAAGCUGCUACCAUGUGGUAUGAGCGUUGUAAUUAUUGCAUCAAUGGUGCAUAGAGAUCCACGAUACUGGCCGGAUCCAGAAGCAUUCAAACCAGAACGAUUCAUUGACAAUCAGCCCAGACAUCCGUUUUCAUAUAUUCCUUUCUCUGCUGGACCCAGAAAUUGCAUCGGACAACGGUUCGCACUUAUGGAAGAAAAAUGCAUCCUAGCGCUGCUAAUGCGGAAUUUGAAGGUGAAAUCGAAACUACGUACCGAUCAGAUGCGUGUGUCCGCUGAGCUUGUAAUUCGACCACUAUUUGGCAAUAACAUACGAUUUGAAGCACGUAAAUUUGGGGACUACGUGCAAAUCGCAUAG